AGAUCUCACCUUUCACACGCACUCUCUCACUCAGCACACUUGCCUCGCUCUCGCUCCCCCCAAGUCGUCGUCGUCGUCGGCGGCGGCGGCCAUGGCGGUGAGCAACAACAUCACGGCGUGCGUCAACUUCCUUGCGCUGGUGUGCGCCGUCCCCGUGGUGGCCACCGGCAUCUGGUUCGCCUCCAAGCAGGGGGAGGAGUGCGCGCGCGUGGCGCGGUGGCCCGUCGCCAUCCUCGGGGGCCUCCUCCUCCUCGUCGCCCUCGCGGGCUUCGUCGGCGCCUACUGGAACCGCCAGGGCCUCCUCGCCGCCUACCUCUUCGCCAUGGCGGCCCUCAUCACGCUCCUCCUCGCGCUCCUCGUCUUCGCCUUCGCCGUCACCCGGGGGUCGGGCGCCUACCCGGCCCCCGGCCGCGGCUACGACGACUACCGCCUCGAGGGUUACUCCACGUGGCUGCGCGACUACGUCGCCGGCGACCCGCGCCGGUGGGAGGGGAUCAGGGCCUGCCUCGCCGCCUCCGACACCUGCAGGAAGCUGGCGCAGGAGAGCGUCUUCUUCAUCACCCCCGAGCAGUUCUACCAAUCCCAUCUCACGCCGCUGCAGUCGGGCUGCUGCAAGCCGCCUACAGUGUGCGGGUACGCAUACAUGAGCCCGACGGUGUGGGUGAACCCGGCGAACCCAGCUGCUGAUGCGGACUGUGCUAUGUGGGGGAAUGACCCAUCACAGCUGUGCUAUGAGUGCAGCUCCUGCAAGGCUGGCAUGCUGGGGACCUUGCGUGAGCAGUGGCGCAAGGCCAAUGUCGCUCUCGUCAUCGCCACCGUCGCACUCAUCUUCUUCUAUGUCAUUGGCUGCAGUGCCUUCAAGAAUGCCCAGACAGAGGACCUCUUCCGCCGCUACAAGUGGCGCAACUGAAUCGACACCAUCUGAUCAGUGAUCAGCUCCUUGCCAUUGCCGGUUUGCUUAACUUCUUGCUCUUGCUAUGUAUUAUAUCUGUUCAUUAAUUUUUGCUGUGUACUGUCAUGCUCUGAAGAUUACUGUAUUUUAGUUGUUACGUUAUUCUAGUGAGUACAAUCUAAUUGCUGGUUUCAAAGCCUAGCCAAUGUAUAUAUGUUGCUGUCUUGCAUU